AUGGCCGCUUCUCAGAUGACUUCCAGUAUCGCCAUGGCGCUUGCUGGCAAGACUGCUUCUGUCGAUAUCCCUCAGCCCCGUGCCGGCGCGGCAGGCAAACCGGCGUCGCGACCAGGCCAGCCGGCCAUGCUCCCGACGCCACCCAACUCGAUCUCGCCCACCCUUCCCCCACAAGCCUUCAAACAUCGCCCCGCCCUGUCGCCGGGGUCGCCACUCUCCACAGUGCCGCAGCUGGACUCCGACAUCGACCUGCAAGACGUUGGCGACCGUGCCAACCGCCAGCAUCGACUCACGGAGGCCGCGACGCAGGAGCUGGACAGCGCUGGCGACAUCACGCCGGCGAUGCUGGCUAAAUAUCACCUGCCGGAGGUGCUGCUGCAGCAGGGCCCACUCGCGAUCCGUCAUGUCAUGGGCCACUUGACCACCUCGGUGCCGGGUUUUUCGUCGAUUCCGGCGGCUCGGGCGCGUCGACUAGUCGUGGCAGCGCUGGAGGGUCGGGGAAAUGGCGGGACGGGCGGCGUGGAGGGCGAUGUGAUCUUUGAAAAGAUCGGCUGGGGCCGUUGGGAUGCGCGGCGACGUGGUGAUGAAUCGACUCGUGAGCGAUCGUUCAACGUGUCAUCGCCCCCGUCCAGUGUCGCCGGCUCUUUCCAGCAACGGGGCCUGCAGAUCGAAGGUCGUCGCCCUUCCACCUGGUCCCAGGCACGAGAUCCAUACCGCUUCAGCAUCGCUGACUCGACCGCCUUCUCGUAUUCUGAGGAUUAUGGCGUUCACGAGGAUUUGGAUAUGCUGGAGCAUGAGGCGGACAAGAUGUCGCUCGAUGGGGAUGAUGGUCGUGAGUAUUGCUCUUCCUCCGAGGCGCCGGACGACCUGCAGGAGAUGGAGUGGAAUGAGGGCGAUGUCACCGACGAAGAAGACUGGGCGCACAUCGGUGCGGAUGCUCUGCGUGCUCGCUCGCUGACCGGCGGUGGCGGGUUUGUACGCAACAGCAAUGUAGCGGCUCGCGCGAAAGCUCUGCCUGCUGGGACUUUCGGCACCCUCAGACCCACCGCGUCGGCUCCCCGAGAGUUUGGCACCCAGGAACGCGCUGCGGUAGAGGCGCUUCUCCAACUGGGCUCUAUGUAA